GUCGUCGUGCUCGGGAGCGGCUGGGGCGCCGCGGCGCUCGUGUCGGCGCUGGGGGAGAGCUACGGCGGCGGCGUGACGGUCGUCUCGCCGCGGAACUACUUCCUCUUCACGCCGAUGCUCGCCGGCGCGUCCGUGGGGACCGUCGAGUACCGGUCCAUCUGCGAGCCGCUCCGGUCCAUCAACGGCGCCGUGGAUUAUCUGGAAGCGACGGCGACGCGCAUCGACGUCGAGCGUAAAGUGGUGGUCUGCGAGGCCGUCGUCUGCGAGGGGUCGCAGUGCUCCAUCGACGAGUUCGAGGUCCCGUACGACGUCGUCGUCUGCGCGACGGGCGCCACGACCAACACCUUUGGGGUGCCGGGCGUCCGCGAGCACUGCCUCUUCCUCAAGCAGAUCGCGGACGCCGACGCGCUCCGCCAGGGCCUCGGGAACUGCUUCGAGCGCGCGAACCUGCCGACGCUCAGCGACGCCGAGCGGCGCCGCGCGCUCUCCUUCGCCGUCGUCGGCGCGGGGCCCACGGGCGUCGAGUUCUGCGGGGAACUGCUCGACUUCCUCGAGUCGGAAGCGUUAGCCUUCUACCCGAAGCUCGUCGGCGAGGCGUCCGUGACGUUGCUCGAGGCGACGACGACGGUGCUCGGCGCUUUCGACGCGUCGCUGCGGGACGUCGCCGUCGGCGAGCUCGAGAAGAGCCGCAACGGCGGGGGCAUCAAGGGCGUCGACAUCCGCCUGGGGGCCGCGGUGACGGAGGUCAACGGCACGCACGUGCUCCUCGGCGGCGACGACCCGCUGCCCUACGGCCUCUGCGUCUGGGCGACGGGCAACGGGCCGACGCGCGUCGUCACGGACACGCUCAAGGCCCUGGGCGCCGACGGCGCCCAGGGGGACGCGCAAGCCUGGGCGCGGGGCCGCUUCGGCGUCGACGCGUGGCUUCGCGUGCUCGGCGCGCCGCCGGGCGAGGUCUUCGCCAUCGGCGACUGCGCGGCGGACGUCGUCGACUUCGCCGCGGAGACCAAGGCGACGCUCCCCGCGACGGCCCAGGUCGCGGCCCAGCAGGGCGAGUACCUCGCGCGGCUGUUGAAGUUGGGCCCCGACUACGACCUCGCAAAACCCGAGCCGUCGCGGCCCCGCGGCGCCGCGGACGACGACCGCCGGCUCGACGAGCUCUUCUGCGACGAGCGAAACGGCCACCUCGUCGCGCGGCCCUUCCAGUUCCUCAACCUCGGCAUCCUCGCCUACGUCGGCGACGGCAAGGCCCUCGCGCAGGUCGCGCUCGGCGACGGCGACCUGGGGGUCAAGGCCGCGGGCCGCGCGGCCUUCGGCCUCUGGCGCUCCGUCUACAUCUCCAAGCAGGUGUCGCCGCGGAACCGCCUCCUCGUCAUCGGCGACUGGCUCCGGACGCGCGUCUUCGGCCGCGACAUCACG